GACCCUUGUAAGCCGCCAUCCACAGUUUCAACGACGUGAUUUAAUCAUCUGACAAUCAUAACACUGUAGCAGAAAGCGACAUCAGGAAACUGGGCAGAGAUGGAGCCUAGGAUGGAAAAUCGGGUAGGUUUUCUCUCCCCGCUGGAGGAGUCCAGUGCCGAGGUGAGUCGAGACAGUGGCUUCGUGUCGCAGAGUGCGAGCAGUUUAUCCAUGUUGAGCGAGGCCCUAAGCAGUGGCACCGUGUCGCAAAGCCCCAGUUUCGGCGCAGCAGUCUCGCAGAGUCCGAGCUUCAACUCCGCGGAGCCCGACCCAGACCACAACCAGCGGGAUGAGAUCCUGAAACACACUGCUCUCAGUUACUCCUCAUACAUCAGAGCUACUGCUGGAGAUGAGAUCCUGUGUUUGGAGAAAAGUCUGGAGGAAAUGCUGACUAGGGUGGAUGAAUUUGUAGGAAUGCUUGACAUGAUCCGCAACGACACAUCACAGAUUGUCAACGAGAACUUACCUCAAAUACAUAGAAAAUCAGAAGAGAUGAGACAAAUAUACAGAAAGAUUGACAAGUUGGAUGCAUUUGUGAAGAUUGUAGGUGCCAACGUGAAUGUCAUGGAGGAACAGGUCACUCAGGCAGAGAGGGAACAAGGAACCCUGCCGGGCGCCUUCAGAAAGAUGUUCCGCACCAUGAAUGUCCCAGGCUUUCUAAAUAAACCAGCCAGCCCCAGAAGGCAUCAGCAACAUGAUCAGGAGCUUCCCCCAGUGUUCAAAACAGAUGAUUAUUUCACCCAACACCCAGGACACUGAAAGUUUGUCUGAAAUGACACCCUAUUCCUUUAUAGUAUUGCCCAGGUCCCACAGGGCUCUUAUCAACAAUAGUGCACUAUAUAGGGUGCCAUUUAGAAGGUAACUUGAAACAGGCCUGCAGCUCCCACACAUCACACAUGCAAUGGUCAGCCUAACUCCUUCUCUAGGCCAGGGGACUUCAGUCUUCAUGGCUGUCUGAACUGGACCAGAGCCAUAGAUUGAGAUGGAUAUGGCUCUGGACCUGACUAUCGGGACAAUAAUUCUAAUGUGCUCUGGACUGGAGGAUCUGAGGUGCAACAAUUUCAACUAGCAAUAUAGUGUUGGCUCUGUCUCUCUCUCACAAGUGGCUGUGAAUACGCUGAAGAAAUCAGACUCUUAUUGGAUGCGGACACCUGAAAUAGGAAAAUUAUGUUAUUGAUCUAAAGACUUAUUUUUUAAGACAGUUUUUCAAGUUCCUCCAAGUGUUUCACCUUUUCUGAUCUUGUGGUCACAUGUUGAAUUGAAUUGCUGUCAGGAAAAUUAUAUUAAUCAUCACACUUGUGCUCUCAUCAACAGUAUGAUUUGGAGUAUAUGAUGUUCAAGCUAGACUAAACCUUAACAUGAUAUGGUAGUUUUAGUGGCAUUCUGUCUGUAGACAUCUUUUAGAAUGCUAUUGUUUCCUGUUUGUAUGGCCUAAUGCUGGAGUGGAAUUGGCUAUUUGUAAUUCUCCACACACUGCACCAAGCAACAUUUAUUUGUUUAACAUACUCUUUUGUGAUAAUUGUAUAUUAUUAUUUUUACUUUUGUCACUGAUGAUCAUCAUACCAAAUAAUUACAAAUAAAGUGGUUUCUUCUUGAUUGACUUUCAGUAAA